AUGGCAUCGAAUGUCGGGGCGGGCCUGACGACGACAACUUCCCUGGAUGACUAUGACGAUUUUGAGGAGCGCUUCGUCGACCCGUUCGAAAUCACCUCGUCUUGUGUGUUCGUCGUACUCGGCGCGCUCACAAUCUGCAUCUACUACCGUAUCGCCCGGGCACACGCUCGGCAAGGCUUUCGCACUCAUUUUCAACGCAUCUUCUUUGUCCUCAUCACAAAUGACAUCUUCACCUUUCUCUUCCAACUUUUCGAUGUCCGGCUCCCGACCUGGGGUGUACACGAGUGGUAUCUCGAUCUCCGGGAAGGACUCUGGCCGACCAUCCUCAACUACGGGGCUACCGUAACCCUAAUGGUUCAGAGUUUCGGGACCCUGUUAAUAGCCUUGAAUCGGUUUACUUCUCUGGUUAUGCCGUUACGGUAUGAGCGGUUGUGGAAACGUGUGACGUACCCGUGCUGCGUGGCUGUCGUCGUAAUACCCUGCGUAUUGAGCAUCAACUGCCUGUUCGUCCGCAGCGAAUUUAUACGACUUUCCUGGGGGUAUUAUAUACCGAAUACCAACAUCUCGGUGGGUACC